UUCAUAAAUAAAUUUUAUUGAUCUCUUUCCUUUCAUUGAGUAAUUUGGUUCAAGUUCUUUGUCUUUGGGGCAAUGAUCCUUAUAUAUAAAACCCAACAUAUGAUGAGGACUAUGUGAACCAAAACCAAAACUUGUCCAACAACAAACACAAAGAAAGAUGGAGAGUUCAAUGAGACUUGAAUACUUGAUGACUGUCUUUGCUGUUUCCGGAGGCAUGGUCCUUUUGUUUCACCAAGCCAAUAAGCAUUUGUGCAACAAAUUCUUGAAGAAAUUUGAGUAUGAAAUUAGAGGUUCAACAAAACAUGAAGCAAAGAAGAAGGUGAGGUUUGCGAAAGACAUGGUGGAACAGAUUCCUAAAGAGAAUAAUUCUGAUAGUGAUAGCAUAAACUUUGCAAAGGAACAAGAUGUGAUUGCUAAGGUUAUGGAUUUGGAUGAUGCUGAGAAUUGGAAGCAUGACGAGAAAUUUAAGGAUGUCAUGCCUCCAAACAGGGUAGUUCUAUAUAGGGGGUUGAUGAAUAAUAGGAAGGAGAGGUUUGAUGUUUGAUAAUUUCACCCCCACAAGAAAAAAAAAAAAAA